UCUCGAUUCAUCGUCCAUAACCACACGUGACGCGCUGGAGUCGCAGGCGGAGUGCUGCAUCAGUGAGCACGGACAAUGGAGCUGAAGAUGCGGUUAUGCGUGGCGCUGCUCUCUCUGAGUCUAUGUCUGGCCCUCAUGGGUCAUGUGAGGGCGCAGGAGGAGGCCGAUGACAUGGAGAUGGACGUGGAAGAUGCCAUUGAUGACAUGCAGGAGGAAGAUGUUGAGGAAGAGGAACAAAAAGCCCCCACAUCCCCAUCAGUGCCCACGGUGACAUAUAAAGCUCCAGAGCCGAUGGGAGAGCACUACUUUGCUGAGUCAUUUGAUAAAGGAACACUUCAUGGAUGGGUUUUAUCCCAGGCCAAGAAAGAUGACAUUGAUGAGGACAUUGCAAAGUAUGAUGGUAAAUGGGAGGUUGAGGAGAUGAAGGACACUAAACUCCCAGGUGAUAAAGGUCUGGUGCUGAAAUCUAAAGCUAAGCAUCACGCCAUCUCUGCUCUCCUUCUGCGACCUUUCACCUUUGACACUAAACCACUUAUCGUUCAGUAUGAGGUGAAUUUCCAGACUGGCAUUGACUGUGGCGGCGCCUAUGUCAAACUGCUGUCUCAAACCCCUGAUCUUGACUUGGAGGAGUUUGUGGAUAAGACUGCGUACACCAUCAUGUUUGGGCCUGAUAAAUGUGGUGAGGAUUACAAACUCCACUUCAUCUUUAGACACAAGAACCCCAAAACCGGCGAGUUCGAGGAGAAGCAUGCUAAGAAGCCCGACGCCGACCUCCGGACAUACUACACCGACAAGAAGACUCACCUCUACACACUGGGUAAACACACACACGCAUCGCAUCCUCCUUUCACAAGCACCACCUACAGUCAGAAAGUGGACAGAAUUUUUGUGGUCGUCUUAUGUGUGUCAAUGUGUUCUCCUGCAGUGUUGAACCCUGAUAACAGCUUUGAGAUCCUGGUCGACCAGACAGUGGUGAACAGUGGGAAUCUCUUGAACGAUAUGACUCCCCCUGUCAACCCCCCAGCUGAGAUCGAGGAUCCCGAUGAUCACAAACCAGAGGACUGGGAUGAGAGACCCAAGAUCCAGGACCCAGAUGCCGUCAAACCCGAGGACUGGGAUGAAGAUGCUCCUGCUAAGAUUCCUGAUGAAGAUGCUGUGAAACCCGACGGCUGGUUGGACGAUGAGCCAGAGUACGUCAGUGACCCUGAUGCCCUCAAGCCAGAGGACUGGGAUGAGGAUAUGGAUGGCGAGUGGGAAGCACCUCAGAUCCCCAAUCCCGCCUGUGAAACGGCCCCCGGCUGCGGUCCAUGGGAGAGACCAAUGAUCGACAACCCCAACUACAAGGGCAAGUGGAAGCCACCAAUGAUUGACAACCCUAAUUAUCAGGGAGUGUGGAAGCCCAGGAAGAUCCCCAACCCAGACUUCUUUGAGGACCUGCACCCAUUCCGUAUGACUCCAUUCAGCGCCGUUGGUCUGGAGCUCUGGUCCAUGUCCUCGGAUAUCUUCUUUGACAACUUCUUCAUCACCUCUGAUCGUAAUGUGGCCGAGCGAUGGGCGGCUGAUGGCUGGGGUCUGAAGAAAGCAGCUGAGGGAGCCGCUGAGCCCGGUCUGGUGAAUCAGAUGAUAACAGCUGCUGAAGAGAGACCCUGGCUCUGGAUCGUCUACGUCCUGACUGUGGCUCUGCCUCUGGUGCUCAUCAUUGUCUUCUGCUGCACUGGAAAGAAGAGCUCAGCUCCCACAUCUGCUGCUGAGUACAAGAAGACAGAUGAACCGCAACCAGAUGUGAAGGAGGAAGCUGAGGAUGAGGAAGAUAAGGAAGAAGAAACAGAAACAAAGAAGAGUGAAGAAGAGGACUCCACAGGAGAAGCAGAGGAGGCCGCAGGGAGCGACAAUAAAGACGACAACUCAUCUAAUGAGAAAUCAGAGGACGACAUUCUGAGAAGGUCUCCCAGAAACAGGAAAUCAAGAAAGGACUAAUGGACUUCCUAAACCUGCUGAAAGUGCAAAAGUUUCUUUCCUCAUGCAUAUCCCAACAUCCCUCUCCUCCUGCUCCAUCUUUCUUCCCCUUACUCCCACAUUCCCUCCUUCCCCGUACUACUACUUCAUCCUUUCCGCCGUGAUGACGGUCAGAGCGAAACGGUGCGGUCCACCAAUCGACCAGCAGCUGAACGAACACCUCUUCAAGUGGCCUCGAGGAUGUUGAUGGUUACCACGGUGAUGAUGGCUCUCAAAUAGAAUAGAAACUUUCUCCGUAACUAAAAAGGAAACGCAAUCUUUGUUACCAUUCCUGAACUGUGAAUCUGACGAUUGCGUAAAAAUCCCGUUCCUACUCUCAGCUGUCUCACACAUACACACUUCCAGACAGUGUUCCUGAACCCUAAUUACAUGACCACACUAUGGCACACUUGGUAUUGUAAGGUUUACAGGCCAACAGCUUUAUUCCUUUGUUAUAGAAUUACUCAAGAAGCCAUAGGCAAUAGGAGAUUGAUUGGAUAUAUUCAUUAUAAACUAUACAAUUUGCCACUCGAUCGCUUGGAUAUACAGCUAGGUUUUAACGUAUAAAUGAGAUGUUUUCAUUAUUUUCUAAUAUGUGAGGUUCAUCAUUUUGUCAUGGCGUAGACUGGGCGUCCAGUAAAAGGCCAAACCAUGACCUUAAUGCAGCCAGAUGUGGUGCACGUGCUCAGUAAGGUAUCCAGGGAGAAUGCCAGUUAGAUUCGUAGGUUCUAGUGUACUGCCUUACUUGUAGGACAAGAUUUGCUAAUUUUUUUUUCUGUGAAUGUACUGUGAGUUUCGUCUGUUUUGUUUUUGUUUUUUUUCUUCAUUUGUUUUUGCUAUUCAAAUGGACUUUUUACUAAAUCAUGGAUUGCUGUACAAAUGUGUUUUCUGGUCUUGAACUGAUGUAGAUUCUAACCUGUUCAGCCCAAUAACAGGACGAUUGACCGUUUUUACUUGGAAACUUUUACUAUCUUGCCCUGAUUUAUUUGUCUGAUUGUAACUGUUGAAUCUUUUCUCGCUGUGAUGUCAUAUCCUGUACAGCCAAUAUUAGCAGCAGCAGCAGCAGCUUCGCAUUUCAUUGAACCAAUUAUGUUCACACCACAUUAGAACGAGGACUAAGUGACAGUUUAAUGUAAGGCAUUUCCAAUUCAAAUGUUUGAGGGUGAAUCUCAUGUCAUGUUUCAACCUGAAGGCAAAAGAAAAAAAAAGUCAGUUUUUCCCCUAUUUUAAGACAGUGAACGUAGAACCAGAUGUUGCAUUGCUGUAAUACGUUUCGUAUUUUUUUAUUGUAAUGGCAGUACAACAAAUACCAUUAUGUAUAAAUACUUUAUAAGUAAAUUUUGUGAAAUAUAUGGUUAUCCUUUGCAUUUUUGGUGUGAAAUGUGACAUGGACAUUUAAUGAGAUUCACCUUUUGAAAACUCUGUUUUCUAGUAAGUGUCACUCAAAGAGAAAACAUGGAAAGACAAGAGAACAAGGUCCUGGGUGUAAAGCAAGCUGUUGAAGUCAUUUCCUCAACCAUUUUAUGCUGACUCCGCUCCUAAAUACUUGACCCCAAAGAUAUGAAAAAGGCACUAUUAGGGGCUUACCCUGAUUUAAGGUAAACUAGCGUAUGUAGUUCUGCUAGUAUUCUUGAAGUUACUUCUUUAUACUCUCAAUAUGGCAAACCGGCCUCAUCUGUUCCUAAUCCAUCGAAGCAGUUUGGUGAGAUGCCGUAAUGUGAGCUCUACCCCAAGACUAAUGAAGAGUUGGCACUUUCAAAGGUAACUGAGAAAAUCAAAUCACACAUAUAGGCCAAUAUCUGCUGCUCUGCUCCUAAUAUUUCAUUUUGCUGCCUCUGAUGGGCACGGUCUCCAACUGUAAAUGUCCUGUCUGUACACCUGUGUUUUGGGCUGUUUUUGUCUUUUUUUUUUCUUUGUCUUUUGGAUUAACAUUAUUUCACAAAUGUAGGUAAUUAAUAGUGUGAUUGGAUAGAAGGAUGGAAAAGCAACGGAUUGAGUGAUUUACUGGCAUCGUUGUUGUGAAAUUGAGAUCGUGAGUCUGGGUGAUGAUUCUGGUCUUGCUGGGACGGUUUGGGAAAAAUCCAUCAUGUUACUCACAGACUAAAAUAAAAUAAUGAUUUGAUGAACGAGA